AUGAGUGUCGGUGCUAUUCUCCAGACGAGCUCUUUCAGCGUUCCGCACAUGAUAGUCGGUCGUAUCGUUACAGGUAUCGGCAACGGAAUCAACACCGCUACUGCCCCUGUUUGGCAAACAGAAACCUCCAAGGUGGACAACAGAGGAAUGCUUGUCAUGCUCGAGAUGGGCUUGAACAUCUUCGGGUUUUCCUUGAGUAAUUGGAUUAACUAUGGAAUGUCAUUCGUUGGAGGUUCCGUCGGAUGGCGGUUCCCCCUGUCCCUCCAGCUCGUUUUCUGCAUCGUUCUCUUCUCUACUGUCCCAUGGCUACCAGAGUCGCCCAGAUGGCUGUUUGCACAUGGUCAGGAGGACGAAGCGAUCAAGAUCUUGGCGGAUUUGGAAGAUAAACCGAUUGAUGAUCCCUACAUCGUCGCCGAGCGCGAAGAAAUCGUCUUUAGUAUCGAGUACGAGCGCCAAAACGCGAUUAACUGGGGUGAUCUGCUUCGAGGUCGUACUGAAUCCGGAACUAAAACAGUUCGCCGACUGAUCCUUGGCUCUGGUACUCAAGCUAUGCAACAAUUUGGUGGCAUUAAUGUCAAGCUAGACGAGAGCAUGGCCCGUCUUAUUGCUGCUUGUGCAUCGGUCGCUUACCUCUUCGCGUCUUUGGUGGCAGCGCCUCUUGUGGAAAGAGUUGGUCGCCGUAUCAUGAUGAUGGUUUCCACUGCAAUCCAACUGGUCUGCUUCUUGCUUGUUACCGUCCUACUCCACUUCGCAGAGAAGCCUGGCUACCUUCACCAGAUUGAAGUAUCUAAGGCUUCCGUCGUAUGGUUCUUCAUCUACUACAUGGGUUUUGGUUUAGGAAUGUUGGGUAUCCCGUGGCUGUACCCAACCGAAAUCAACUCUCUUCCUAUGCGAACCAAGGGAGCUGCUGUUGCUACCAUGACGAACUGGAUCACAAACUUCAUCGUCGUCGAAGUGACACCCAUCGGUAUCCAAAAGCUAGGCUGGAAGUUCUACAUCAUCUGGACAGUGACAAACGCGCUAUUCUUGCCCAUCAUAUGGCUCUUCUACCCCGAGACGGCCAACCGUACUCUAGAGGACUUAGAUGCUUACUACCGCGACAACCCACCCUUGGUCCUCCACAAAGACCGCGACUCUACCUCUGUCCGCCGACCCGAGAGGUUCGCCGAGGCGCAAGGCCGGGAUAUCGAAGAAGCUACCAAGCACCUGGAGAGGCACACCUCUGUUGUCCACGACGAAGGGGGUUUGAGCAGUUAA